AUGAAGUUCAAGGCAUUUCUGACUGAUAAUGGCGUUAGUCUGUUAGACAGAAGAUUCCUACCUGCUUUGGAAAAAAUGGGAAAGAUAUGCCAUCUUUUCCUUACCAGAGACCACGCUUUCUUCCUCCACAACCUCCUCAGCACCGACGGAAUCCAAUCCAUUGCUCAGUUCCGCAAACAAGCUCUCUUCGAUGACUAUCGCAUUUCCAGCCAGAACGAAGAUCGUAUUGCUUUUGCCUUUGAUAUUUCCCUUCUUCUUCGUGCUGUUCGUAGCAGUGUCAGUAUUUGCAGUGAAUUCGGGGCCGCCCCCGCUCCUGCAAAUCGGCUUCAGAUUAAAUUGGUGAAGAAGCUGCCUCCUAAUUGUACUCAGCCAAUGCCUUUUCUUACCUUUGAAACCAAGGGUUAUAAGUCUGCGGUUAUUCAAGACGUUCCCAUUUCGAAGCCUUUGUCUAGGGCCCAAGUUCUUGAACUUCAAGCUACUCUCGAUGCUGCCCAAGAUCUGCCUCGGACUCUGGUUCAGGUUCCUGAUCUGAAUCGGUUGCAGAACUUUGUCGAUCGGAUGAAGCAUGUUGGUGACCUUUUAAAUGUCACUAUAAGCAAGUAUGGGAAUCUUCACCUGCAGAUUUCGACUACCUUGAUCACACUUGGUGCUGAGUUUCGUAAACUGUUGGUUGUUGGAGAUAAAGCCCAAGCCCCAAGUGAGGAUAGAGAUCUGAGUGCUCAGACUCGGUCAGAAAGGGCGAUUGCGAUGGGAGAUGCUCAGUCUGUGCAAGUGAGUGUGAGGCAUUUCUCUAAGAGUCUCCAAUGUCACCUGGCCAAGCCAGAUUGUGCUUUCUAUGGGAUUGCUCCUCAGGGUGCUUGCUUGACUGUGAUAUUCCAGUUCUUCGUUCCUGGAACUCGUCUAACCGACAAAUCUAUAAGUCUACAUUGUAGGCUUCCCGUGCUUGACCCAGGGUCAAGCUGA